UUGGUUAUUAUUUAAUUGAGACGGUUUAAUUAAAGGAUUAAAUGAUGGAUUUUGAUUGUUUUUAGAAGAUUCUAAUUGAAUUUGAGGUGAAGAUAAUGGUUGAUUCUCAAUUGGGAGUUGUAAAGGCCCUUGGGGAUUUUGAGGAUAUGGAGGUUGUUGAGGAGGAGAUAGUUGGUAUGGAAGUGGUUGGGGAGGAGGAAAAGGAGGAGGAUUUAUUUGACCAGAAAAUUGUUGAGGCAGGAGGUAGGGAGACAGACUUUUUUGUUGUUGGGGAAAAUUAUAGAAAUUUUGAUUUGGAGGAGGAACAAAAUAAUUUGGACAAGACUGUGGAUAUGUUGAAAUUUGUCUUAAAUAUUUAGAAAUUAAAUUUUUAUUUAUU